GGCGGCUUUUACCAGGAGGAGCAGGAGGCAGCCAGGGUCAGGCAGGAGCGGGAAGAUGGCGGGUCUCAUGGUAGAUCAGGCGCCCGGCAGGGAGCGGGGAGAAGCGCGGCUGCCACUCUCCGCGGCGGCGGCGGCGGCUCCUCCACUUCCCCCCGUCGCCAGGAAACACCCGGGCAAGUUCCACCGCGGGGCCCCGCGCUCCGCCGCGCGCUCCCGGGGCACGCCGGGAUCCGUAGUUCCGGGAAGGGGAGGGCAAGGAGGAGGAGAGGGAAAGAAGGGAAGGAGGAGUGGGAAGGGAGAGCGGAAGGAGGCGCAGGUCCCAGAACGCACCGGGGCUGCCCGAGGGGCGGUGCCUGGGGGCGGUGGCGGCGCGAUGAGGAGGCGGGCGGGGUGGAGAGCUGAAUUCCUACAAAAAAUGUUGGUGGAGCAGAUCUGACCUAUGGUAAUACCUUGAAAGAGUAUGAAUAUUUCAGCAAACUGCCUCUUCAGUGGUUCCUCCUUAGCAUCUGAAGUGCAUGCUGCUGCUGUUAAUGGAGAUAAGAGUACCCUCCAAAAGCUAAUAGCAGGAAACUCUGAGCUGAAAGAUAAGGAGGACCAGUUUGGAAGAACUCCGCUUAUGUACUGUGUCUUGGCUGACAGGCUGGACUGUGCAGAGGCAUUGCUGAAGGCUGGAGCUGAUGUUAAUAGAGCUGAUCGUAGCCGAAGAACUGCUCUCCAUCUUGCUGCACAAAAGGGAAAUUACCGCUUUAUGAAACUUUUACUGGCUCGUAGAGGGAACUGGAUGCAGAAGGACUUGGAGGAUAUGACACCAUUACAUUUAACUACACGUCACAAAAGCCCAAAAUGUUUAGCUUUGUUGUUAAAACAUAUGGCACCUGGAGAAGUGGAUACUCAGGAUAGAAAUAAGCAAACUGCAUUGCAUUGGAGUGCCUAUUACAAUAACCCAGAGCAUGUGAAACUUCUCAUAAAACAUGAUUCAAAUAUUGGAAUCCCUGAUAUUGAAGGAAAAAUCCCACUUCACUGGGCAGCUAACAACAAGGACCCUAGUGCAAUUCACACAGUGAAAUGUAUUCUGGAAGCUGCACCUACAGAAUCUCUGCUUAACUGGCAAGACUAUGAAGGACGAACUCCCCUUCAUUUUGCUGUUGCAGAUGGGAAUGUAGCAGUUGUUGAUGUCCUGACCUCCUACGAAGGCUGCAAUGUAACAUCUUAUGACAACUUGUUUCGAACUCCCCUUCACUGGGCAGCCUUGCUUGGUCAUGCACAGAUUGUCCAUCUCUUAUUAGAAAGAAAUAAGUUUGGAACCAUCCCAUCUGAUAGUCAAGGUGCAACACCCCUACAUUAUGCAGCGCAGAGCAACUUUGCUGAAACAGUUGAAGUAUUUUUGAAACAUCCUUCUGUAAAAGAUGACUCAGAUCUUGAGGGAAGAACGUCCUUCAUGUGGGCAGCUGGCAAAGGCAGUGAUGAUGUCAUUAGGACUAUGCUGACUUUAAAAUUGGAUAUUGAUAUCAAUAUGACAGACAAAUAUGCUGGCACAGCAUUACACGCCGCUGCCCUUUCUGGCCAUGUCAGCACAGUGAAAUUGCUGUUGGAGCACAAUGCACAGGUAGAUGCUCUGGAUGUCAUGAAACAUACCCCCCUUUUCCGAGCCUGUGAGAUGGGACACAAAGAAGUGAUACAAACACUCAUUAAAGGAGGGGCAAGAGUAGAUUUGGUUGACCAAGAUGGCCAUUCACCUCUUCACUGGGCAGCCCUGGGAGGAAAUGCUGACGUGUGCCAAAUCUUGAUAGAAAAUAAAAUCAACCCUAAUGUGCAGGAUUAUGCAGGUAGAACACCUCUGCAGUGUGCUGCUUAUGGAGGUUACAUUAACUGCAUGGUAGUGUUACUGGAAAACAAUGCAGAUCCAAAUAUCCAGGAUAAAGAGGGAAGAACUGCCUUGCACUGGCUCUGUAACAAUGGCUACCUUGAUGCUAUAAAGUUGCUGCUUGGUUUUGAUGCCUUUCCUAACCAUAUGGAGAACAGUGAGGAGAGAUAUACUCCACUUGAUUAUGCCUUGCUUGGGGAACACCAUGAAGUGAUUCAGUUCAUGUUAGAGCAUGGGGCUCUGUCUAUAGCUGCCAUUCAGGAUAUUGCUGCUUUCAAAAUCCAGGCUGUCUACAAAGGAUACAAAGUUAGAAAGGCUUUUCAAGAGAGGAAGAAUCUCCUAAUGAAACAUGAACAGCUGAGAAAAGAUGCUGCUGCCAAGAAACGUGAAGAGGAAAGUAAGAGAAAAGAAGCCAAGCUACAGAAAGGGGUGCAGAACGUGGAACAAAGCAAGUUUCGAGUACAACAGAGUCCUGCAAAUCAAGAGAAGGCCACCAGUGUCCCACAGUUACCUAAUAAACCAUCUGAUACACAGAGUAAGAGACUUCUGCCCCUCAACGCUUCACAAAUUCAACCAGGGAGAAAUAGCAGAGGUUCACCUAGAGCUUGUACCAGCAAAGGGGCCUCAAAGGAGAGUUGCUUACCAGCGGAGCCUCAGAGUGAAGGUCAUAAAAUCAACCAAGAUUCAUCGAGGAAGCAUAUCAAAAGCAAGUCAAGUUGUGUCCAUUUCCAUUGUGACAAAGCAAAAGAGGGAACAAAAGGUGAAGUGAAACAUCAGGUUGCAGCUGCUACAGAACUGAAUGGAGAAAAGCACAAGGAGCACAGUGUUGAUGCCACAGUGCCCCGGAGGAGCAGAAGGCUUACUACUUCUACUUGUAGGACUGCUAGUGUUGGGGAAAAAUUAAGGGAUCCAAGUCAGCCUUCAUCUGGCAAGAGGGACCAUUGUGAGGGAAUGGCUGCAUUCUUCUGCGAUGUCAGUUGUGCUGGUGGGGCUGUGAGAAACUCAAAGCAGUGUGAAGCUUCUUCCAAAGGCAAAAGAUGUCGGGAGAAGUCCAGAAGUAAAGAGGUAAAUGAUAAGCGAUGUUCACCAGCUGGUUCUAGUAGACCAGGAAGUGCCAAAACAGUAUUUGUAAACAGCAGAAAUGACAGCACGCAUUCUGUGGAACGAACUGACAAAGUGGAAAAUAAUGAAUUAGCAAAAAAGGCUUCCCCAUUAUUGUGUGCUGGGGCAGAACCUACCGGAACUGUGCCAAGAAACCCAGUAGCGUGUUCUGCUCCUGCUGACAGUUUAAACUUGGAAAAAACAGAUGUAAUUGGAUCCAGGAACACAGAUGAUCAAUUAUGUUCUGUCGCAUGGCAAAGUACAAAUAUUGAACUAGUCCCUUUAGAGAUUCGAAUGCAGAUCAUAGAAAAAGAAAGAAAAAGAAAAGAGCUAUUUCGGAAGAAGAACUAUGCUGCUACAGUCAUACAGAGGUCAUGGAGAAGUUACCAACUAAGACAGGAGUUGUUUCAGCUUCUUAGUGCUAAGCGGCAGUGCAAGGAAGAUGAAGACAAAUGGAGACAAGAGACAGCUGCCUUCUUCAUUCAGGUUGCUUGGAAGAAACAGCUGAACCAUGGCCUUCUGAAAUCAGUUCCUUCAUGUAAAAAUCCGAAAUCUGUAAACAAAACCAGCUCAGCCAUAAAAACCAGCAAGCAGUCUAUCCUAAAACAGAUAUAUGGGCGUUCUCAGGAAAGCAGAGUGUGUCAGUCAACGAGAUCUCCUUCUAAGCUGAAAUUUUCUGAUGUGCAGCUGGUCUCAGGCAAUUAAAAUGCAAAUGAGCGUGGUUCUACUAACGCAGGAGAGCUCACUAACCCAGUCUACAAGAGAACUGCUACCGACAGAUCAAUGUAGCCCAUGGCCCAGUAAUUGACUCUUCUCAGCAUUUGUAAGUGGUUAAAAAUACCCAACAGCAAACCCAACCCACACAUGGUGGAACAUCACAAGAACUGGCUGUGGGCUUUUCAACACUGAAGGAAACCAAACUUGCAAGUUAGAGAAGUUGCAUCAUAAUCUCUCACAUGUGCUUCCACCACUACUGUUUUGUUUAAAGUAUCUUCUUCAACAUUUGCAAUAAUUUUAAAAAACAAACAUGAUGUAUAUGCAGUCUCUGGCAAGCUUCAUACCAUGAUGUCCUUGAUGAUCUGUUGCACCAGAAACUCGUUUGUGAUCAUAUGGCUCCUGAGCUGACCGUGUUGCAUUAGUAAGCGAAGCAACUGAGCAACAACAGGCAGUUCUUCCCGACAGAUCCUGCUCACUUGCAGGCUUUGCAGCAUCAGCCUCAGUAAUCGUGGCAGGAGUGCUAAUGCAGAUAUACAUGAUCCCCACAGCAUAUCCCUGAGAGGAAAGCAGAAUAAAAAUUGAAAUGACUGAGGAUAUAUAUUUCAAGGAUGCUGCUGUGAACUGGCUGCAUGGCUGUCUAAGAAAAUGUGCCAGCUGCCUUCACCAGUAUUAGUAGCAAAGCAGAAAACUUGUACCAGAAAAUGCUGAAUUUUAAAAUAUUCCAAAAUUAUAUGCAGCACUGGAAAAAAAAAACAAACAAGGUCCAGCCCUGGAGCUACAAAUGUUGCUGAAGUUCUUGCACAGUGUAAUUUCUGCUUGACACAGCUGGGAAGACGUUUUUGGUUCGGUCAUUGUUCAGGUACACUUGAAUCUUUGUUUAAGAUUCGUAGGAAAUUAAAGUACUCAGAUUUUUGUGAUACGCAAGUCAUUAAAUACAGUAAGUGAAGGAGGAUUCCGGCUCUAAGUGCACGUCUUUUCAGGAAGCUUUAAACAACUUUCCUAUAUAUGGAAAAAAAUGAAGUUUAACUUGUUUAAAGACAUUUCCGCUUUUCAGGUAAACUUAUUUGAAUCUGUUAUCUGUAGCUUUUGGGUUCUUUUUAAGUCAAAUGGAUUUGCAGUCUAC